AUGAAGCUGCAAUUACCGGUUAAGAUUGUCUUCGGAGCUGCUGCUUUUGCCGUCACUACUCUGGCUGCCGCGUCGGAGUAUGGCUAUCCUCUCCCACCUUUUGCACGGGCCGCUGUCGCAGUUCUCAGUGAGGUCAGUUGCACCAACCGCUUUCAGCAUAUGAGACAGCUCGCAACAUCUGCCUCCCAAGCUGUCGUACGUCCCAAUGUGGACACACUGUACUCGACAGCCGUUAUUGAUCUCUCCCACCAUGACGUCGUGGUAGAUAUUCCCGUCGUCAAAGGCCGGUACUGGGUCUUUCCGUUCUACGAUGCGUACGGCAACAACUAUGCCAAUCUGGGUAGCAUAGAGAACAGCAAAGCGGGCAAAUACAGUCUCCGUUUUAACGUCGGCGGCAAACAAAAUACAGGUGUACAGCUGUGUAGUGAUCCGGAAAAGUGUGACGGCCUUCAGGGCUAUGUCAAUGCGCCAACACCGUAUGGACUUAUGGUGAUUCGUUACGCUGUUACAGACACCGUGGGCGACCUGCAACAAAUUCACGCUCUCCAGAACCAGAGCGGCCUUCAUACCGUUGAAAAGGGUGAUGGAACUACUUGUAAAGCAACAGCACCUACCCUGACCAUGUCUAUGCUCAAUUCGUCGUUGUCUGCCGACCCGGCGAUGAAGAUUAUGCAACUGACGGCACGCAUUGCGCCGCAUAACCCUCCGCGCAACAUCACGGACCUGGCACGGGUCAACCACAUGCUCAAAGAAUCUGGCGUCAGGGACGGGGUAUAUAAGCCCCAGAAAGGCCAGAACCUGACUGCAUCAUACAUUGCCUCGGAGAUGACCAUGUCCAAAGCAGCCAGUGAACCACAGAACCUGCAUUCGCUCGGAAACGGAUGGCAAGAACUAACCCCGACGGCACAGGGCGAUUACGGCGAGAACUAUGCGAUGCGAGAAUAUGUAGCAUACUUUGGCUACCUCGCUCUCAGGGCAACGGAAGCAUUAUACCCCUCGUACAGCACCGGUCAAAAGGGCCUGCACCUGGGCCCCAGGGAGUCUUAUAUCUUCACGUUCCCCAGCAAACCGCCGAUGGCGCAGUAUGGGUUCUGGAGUUUGACUGCAUACAAUACGGAGGAGUACCUCAUCCCCAAUACGCUGAAUCGAUAUGCGCUGAGCGACCGCUCCAAUCUCACGUACGCUGAUGGUUCUCUGGUGUACGACGGCAAUGCCCAUGGUGAUGGUGAUGGACAUUUCCAGCUGCUGGUUCAGCCAGCAGAUGUGACUCCCCCAAAGAACUGGAUGUCCAAGUAUGCGGCAAUCACCUUCUAG